CCUCGACCCAUCCCCUCUCCGCCUCCCAGACUCUGUCCCAAAAGACUCCGGGUUGUGGGAACUGAACUGACUAAAUUAAUUAACUGUCAUCCUGCUGAUUGAAUAAAAUCCAGUUAUUAAAUAAAUGUAACAACCGGCCUCAGAUACAUAAAGUCAGGGUUUAAGUUUGUGAGGAAGCGUCCAAAAUGAUUCGUAUUAAAUACAGUGCAAUGAACGAACACAAUAAAUAAAUGUUUUUGUUUAUUUAAAGGUUCGAUAUUUUUCUGCGCGUUGUGGCAAAAACAGAUGAUGUAACUGACACUCUACGUCCGGCAGAUGACGGCGAAGCGCUGCGAAGCUGAGGCGUUACCGUAGAAGAAGAAACCGUUUCCGGUCUGUUUUGGUUUGACAGCAGUAGCAGUUAGCCCUAGCUUCACAUAAAAAUGUCGGCUACAGACGACGACACCGAGCUAAGAGACCUGCUGAUUCAAAACCUGGAGAACAACGGAGUCCUCAACAAACUCAAGGCAGAAAUGAGAGCAGCUGUUUUUCUGGCUAUGGAGGAGCAGGACAAAUUGGAGAACAAAACCCCUCUGAUAAAUGAAAAUCUGAAGAAGUGUCUCAACACCAAAGAUGGUCGUCUGGUUGCCUCCCUGAUCAUGGAUUUCCUGCAGGUGUUUAACCUAGACUUCACCCUUGCUGUGUUUCAGCCAGAGAUCAACUGGCUGAACGGUCUGGACAGUCGGGACCUGGUCUGCAGAGAACUGGGUCUGUCUGACUCAGAGGUGAACAAGAACUCUCCUCUGCUGCUUGAGCUUGUCAGGAGAGGACAACACAAAGACACGCCACCUAUCACCCAGGUUCUACUGGACUCUAAUACCAGCCAAACUCAGGUUCACCUCCCUGAGGACAAACCCAGCUCUGGUUCUCUCAGUAAGAUCCCCAGAUAUAAAGGCCAGAACCCCCAAGGCCAGAGACCGGCAGCGGUCCAGGACUCUGACAAGGUGGCGGCUCUGGCACAAACAGACUUCCAGCAGCAGGCAUCUGACAGCGUGAGCUCGUCUUCAGGCGUACAGAGGGAGCGCUUGGACCUGGAGGUGGAGGACGACCUCGACGACGGAGACUCAUUUUUUGACGACCCGCUGCCCAAACCCCAGAAGAUGUACGGCUGUCGUAGUUCUCCCCUCGGAGACAAGGACUCACCUGAGAGGACAGACCAGCCAGAGGGUCUCUCUGGGCCGGUCAUCUCCUCCUUGAGGCGAGGCAAAAGCCUGAAUGAUCUCUCUCUCCUGGCUGGUGACUCAGAGGGCGAGCGAGACGAUCCUCUGUCUGAACACAGUCAGAGCUCUGGGCUCAGGAAGGUGGAGGCAUCAGGGACCAGAGAGAGUCCAGGUUCCGUGUCCGGUGCUCCAAAGCCGAGAGCAGGUGGAAGCAGCCGCACAGGAGCAUCAAACACUAAAGAGAGAGGCUUCAGGGACUCGAAGGCUCUGAAUGAUGGGACUGGACCUGUACAGCUGGAUGAUGAUGUUGAAUAUGACGACGACUUUAACAGUCAUCGAUCGGAUCUGUCCAAGAGUGAGCUGAGCAUUGGGGAGGAAAUCGAGGAGGUUUCCAUUGAAGGACCUGAUAACAGUGACAAGUUUGAUGAAACCACUCAGGACUUAAGCGUCUCCCAGCUCAGCCAGAGUCAUGGAACUGAUUACAUGGAGGAUGUGGCCUGACUUCCCAUCAUCCACCACACUUUCCCAUCAUGCACUUCUUUGUACCAUCUAUAUUUAAGUCUGUACAGUUUGUUUGAACAAAUAAAGUGAAUUGUUUUUA